GAAGCACCGGCCCGGGGCGGAAUGCUGCUCUCCUCGCUGGUGGCUUGCCUCGCCGGGUGCGCCUUCCUCCUGCCGACCACCAGUGAGGGCUGCGGCCCGGGGAAGGGUCACGGGAGAAGGCGCGCGCCACGGAAGCUCGUGCCGCUGGCUUACAAGCAGUUCAGCCCCAACGUGGCCGAGAAGACCCUGGGAGCCAGCGGGAAAUACGAGGGGAAGAUCACCCGGAGCUCCGAGCGCUUCAAGGAGCUCAUCCCCAACUAUAACCCGGACAUCAUCUUCAAGGAUGAGGAGAACACAGGUGCAGACCGCAUGAUGACCCAGCGUUGCAAAGACAAGCUGAACUCUCUGGCCAUCUCUGUGAUGAACCACUGGCCCGGGGUUCGGCUGAGGGUCACCGAAGGCUGGGAUGAGGAUGGUCAUCACUCAGAGGAGUCACUGCACUAUGAGGGCCGGGCGGUGGACAUCACAACCUCAGACCGGGACAGAAACAAAUACGCCAUGCUGGCACGUCUGGCGGUGGAGGCCGGCUUUGACUGGGUCUACUAUGAGUCCAAAGCCCACAUUCACUGCAGCGUCAAGUCAGAUCACUCAGUGGCGGCGAAGUCUGGAGGCUGUUUCCAUGGCAACGCCUCAGCACUGUUGGAAAGUGGCGCUCGGAAGUCCAUCGGCGACCUGCAGCCCGGCGAGAGGGUGCUGGCCUCAUUGGACGGGGACCUGGUGUUCAGCGAAGUCCUGACCUUCCUGGACCAAGACCCGACAGCCCACGGACUGUUUUUCACUCUGCGGACCCAAGCUGGGUCCCAGAUCUCGCUCACCGCUGCCCAUCUCGUCUUUGUAUCUGAGGGGAACUGUUCAGAGGGUGCGGAGCCAGUCCCCGGCACCCUCAGGACGACGUACGCCAGCGCUGCUCAACUGGGUCAGUGCAUGCUGGUGUCAGGCGGUAAAACCGGGCGACUGUCUCGGAUCAGCCGGGUCAGCGUGGCGGUGAAGACGGGGCUGUUUGCCCCACUGACCCAGCAGGGGACCAUCGUGGUGGACGGGGUGGCGGCAUCCUGUUACGCCAUGGUGGACCAGCACCAGCUGGCUCACUGGGCCUUCACCCCCCUUCGGCUGAUGUACAGCUUGACCGGGAGCACCUGGGGUCAAGGGGGCGGGGUGCACUGGUACCCCCGGGCUCUACAUUGGCUGGGCAGGAAGUUGUUGCACUCAAGACACCUCCACCCACUGGGCGUGGCUCAAGGCGACACGUGAGAGGAGAUGGGGCCCAAACAUGAACCUGAACCCCAAAAUCCAGACCUGUACAAUUUCAUGGGGACCACAAUAGACUUCCUAGAUGGAAGAGUUUAAGUUUAUGCUGAGGAGAAACAAAACCAGAGACAAUAUUUCAGACACUAAAAAUACCUUCAAAUCUCCUCAUGUUAAAGCAGGUUUUAAGGUAAAGCUGAAUUUCCCUGAACACAUUUAAGGUGUUUUUAGGAUGUAUUUUCUCACAAAUUUACACCACAUUUGCUGGUAACUAACAGAACCAACAAGCUUUAUUUAUUAGUCAUUGUCAAACAGUUAGAAAAGGCUGAACUUGUUGAUUUAAAAUAUUUUUAUAUCAGAUAAAGUUUGAAAGUGAGAGAAUUUAUGUAAAAAGAGAAUAUAUCUGUAUAAAUGUAUUUGAGGGUAAAUAGAUUUAUACUAAAGCUGUUUAUUAGUGAAAUACCUGCUUAGAUUUAAUAGUUUGGUGUUGAGGGACAGCAAUGUUUGUAAAUUCUAACUUCCUAUUUUAUUGUAAACACUUUGAAUAAUAGCGUAUGUAUUUAAGUUUGUUUACUGAGGAUCAAAAAAGUUUAUUUUAUUAACCGUUAUUGUUUUUGUUAUUCUUAGUAAAAACACAAAUAUUUAUUUUGAAAA